CUACGCCAUUCCUUCUUCAACCGGCUACCCCCACCCAAUUUUACAUUUCUCUCCCCACUCUUACCAUUCCCUAGGUAAGUGCCAAAGGGGUAAAAUGGGGAUAUCGCCGGAGACCAUGGAGGCAGGAGCAUAGUUUCUCGUCAAAACUCGUGAACCACACCAACCACGCCGGGUAAUAACAGGUCCACCAACUGAGCCGGUGACGGAGUUUGCUAAUCUCCUCCAAUCAACUUCUUCCACGUCAACUUUCCGUCCUCUGUUCUCCGCCACGUGUCGACGGUCACCGUCAACUCACCCAUUUCCAAAAAACAAAAAAUACCGAACAUAGCACGAAAAGGCAUCGAUAUAUUCAUUCAUUCAUUCUCGCCGGCCAGAAAUUCAAAAUAAAAAUAAAAAUAAUCUAAAUAAAAUGAAAACCCUAACCUCCUUGUGUUUCUCUCUCUAACUUCCUCUCUUUCUCUCUCUAAGAAUUUCCACCGUAGAUCGCCGGCGACAUGGAGGUUAUCAACGACGACGACGAGAUCGAGUUCCGCCGAUCACCGGCGAGCGGAUCUCCGCCGUCGUCUAACGGUCGGAUCACGGUGACGGUUGCGGCGCCGGCUCCUCAGGCGCAUCCGCAUCCGGCGCCGAACACCUUGGCAUUAGCGCUUCCGGUUCAGCAGCCGGUGAAGGGGAGCAACGGCGGUGGAGGGAGUGCAGGCGGAGGAGGAGGAGGAGGGAGGGAGGAUUGCUGGAGCGAAGGCGCGACGGCGGUGCUGAUCGAGGCUUGGGGUGAGAGGUAUUUGGAGCUCAGCCGGGGGAAUCUGAAGCAGAAGCACUGGAAGGAGGUGGCGGAGAUCGUGAGCGGGAGAGAGGAUUACUUGAAGACGCCGAAGACUGAUAUUCAGUGCAAGAACCGGAUCGAUACGGUGAAGAAGAAGUACAAAUCGGAGAAGGCGAAGAUCUCCGCCGCAGGCGGCGGAACAACCAGCAAAUGGCCGUUUUAUGAUCGAUUGGACCAGCUGAUUGGCCCAACCGCCAAGAUCCCCGCCGGGAACAGUAAUUCGCAGCAGCAGAAAUUGCCGUUAGGGAUCCCGGUCGGAGUUCGCAGCGGUGGUGGUGCUUCGAGUCAGUAUAAUUCUCAAAAGCAGCAUCAGCAGCAGCAGGAGCAGGAGGAGGAUGUUGAGUUGAAGAACCAGAAGAUGCAGUACCGGCGUCGUCCUCCUCCGGUGGAUUCCGAUUCGUCGGAGAGGGAAGUGGUGUCGCCGGUUUCAAGCGACAGUUAUCCGCCGGGAAGGUACGAGAGGAAGAGGGCGAGGGUGAUGAAUUCAAGGGGAGGAAGGAAGGGGAAGGGUUGGGGGAGUGCGGUGAGGGAAUUGACUCAGGCGAUUCUCAAGUUUGGGGAUGCUUAUGAGCAGGCGGAGACGUCGAAGCUGCAGCAGGUGGUGGAGAUGGAGAAGCAGAGGAUGAAGUUUGCCAAGGACUUGGAGUUGCAGAGAAUGCAGUUUUUCAUGAAGACUCAGAUGGAGAUUUCGCAGCUCAAGCUUGCGAGGAAAGAAGGCGGCAACCCGAGCAACCACCACAGCAACAACAAUGACAGCAACAACCAUAGCAACAAUAGUGACACUGAGUGAGUGAUAACUAGGUGAAGUUAGAUUCCAAUUCCAGUGUAUGUGUUUAGUUAUGGAUUCACCAUCCCUUAAUUGUUACAGUUAACUUAGUUGAAUUGCUGCUAAAUAAGCGAAAAAAAAUGCAGAAGAGAAGUGUAUGUGCUGAAUAAUUUAAUGCCAUUGCAGCAGAUGUACCACUUGUCAUGUAAUGUGUAACACCAUUCUAAGUUAUCAGUAUCAGGGAUCAUAUCAUCAUGGUUGAUAGCUCUACUUAGAUACAUUGUACAUAUUGGAUAUGCAACCUGAUGGAUAGCAAUUUAGCACAUCUUGAAUUUCCUGCGAUAACUUGGAGAAGUUCUAUUUCUGACC